AGCAAAAGAUUCUAAAGAGUCACACCCACGCGCAACAAAGACGCGUGGCUAAGUAUGGGGGUUGGCCCUUUCAACAUUGUUUAUGGAAAGAUCAGCCAAUAAGCCAAAAACUAAGGCCAAAACCCACCCUCGACCGUUCACUUCUCGACGCCGGUGAUCCAUUACCACCCCAAAUUCAACCUAUUCUUCAUUAUUAUUGCUAUUUCGUCACCUUAAUCUCGUCCAUUUUUCUGGGGUUCCUUCCAAUUGUAAGGGGCUAAAACUGGAAGGAUAUCCCAGAAUUUUUUAAAGGCCAAAUAUGGAUGGACACCCUGCUAUAUCCUUUCAGAGAUCUGCUCCAAGACAAUUGGGUGCCUCUGGAGCUCUGUCUUCAUCCUUGCCAGUCCUUCCCAACACCUUGGAAGAGAAGUAUCCUAAAUUGCCCGACUCCCAGCAGGUGUCCAUGGAAAGAGAGCUUGUUACUGAUCCUUUGGUCUUUCAUUCAAAUACAUUGUCAUCCAGCAGUAAAAUUGCUGGUCAUAUAUUCUCAUCUUCAUCAGGAUACUCUACGGAUGUUCAUUUCUCUUCUAACUCCCAUGAAAAAUAUUCAAGUAACUGUCCAUAUAUUUCUCCACCUGCUAGCAACGGAUCAUCAUUGGGUUUAGUGCCUUCUGUUCACACAGAACUUAUUCAUUCAUCGGCUUCUAGUAAUUAUACUAGAGGACACAACAACCUCUCGUGGUGCUCAGAUUCAGGACCAAGUUUCCCUGAUUUCCCCUCCCACACCUCCAUGCCGAAUGGUCACAUCCAGGAAAAUGGUGAUUGUGGCAGUAAUCUUGUAACACAUGAAGACCUUGUCAAGCGAAAUGAUUGGCAAGAAUGGGCAGAUCAGCUAAUCACUGAUGACGAAUCUUUAAGUUCUAAUUGGAGUGAGCUGCUUAUUGAUACCAGUGCUGCUGACCAUGGCAUGAAGAUGUCAAACCAACUAGUUAAUUCGACCUCAAAUUUGUUGUUGCACCCAACGCAAAGUCAGCAGCAGCUUUCUGCAUCUUCGGCAGAAGCAGCUGCAGUUGCUGGCCCAUCUUCUGCAGCUAGUGCCUCAUCCAAGGCACGGAUGCGCUGGACACCAGAACUUCAUGAAGCCUUUGUGGAAGCAGUCAGUAAACUGGGUGGCAGUGAAAGAGCUACUCCUAAAGGUGUUUUGAAGCUGAUGAAGGUUGAAGGCUUAACCAUCUAUCACGUAAAAAGCCACCUGCAGAAAUAUAGAACAGCUCGAUACAGGCCAGAGCCCUCUGAAGGAUCGUCUGAGAAUUUGUCAACUCCUCUUGCGGACUUGUCAUCCCUAGACUUGAAAGCGGGUAUGGAUCUCACAGAAGCAUUAAGGCUACAGAUGGAAGUUCAGAAGCGCUUGCAUGAGCAACUCGAGAUUCAAAGAAAUCUACAGCUGCGGAUAGAAGAGCAAGGGAGAUACCUCCAGAAGAUGCUGGAGAAGCAGUCCAAAUCUAGUGCUGACAAGCUCAAGAUUGGUUCUUUGACAGUGGAAGAGUCUCCAUCGCAGACAUCAUCACCAAUAACUGGGCAAGGAGAAAAAGGUCCAGAGGGUGCAUCUUUUCAAGAUCAAAAUGACACUGGUAAGUCAACUGAUGCUCCCUCAACUCCUGGUGACACUUCUGAGAAAUCGGGAAGGGGAGAAGAAAAGGCACCCAGAACCAUAAUUGUUGAGCAUCAAAACCCUUAUGAUAAAGAAUUGUCGGAUCUGCAACCAUCAAAACGCAGUAAAAGGACCGAGCCAACUUUAUCAGCAUCUUCAAAACCCCCCGAAGACUGAAAAAACCAUAUCACCAUUGCAGGAAAUCGGUGUCUUCUGUUCGAUCUUAAUCUUAUGUAGUGUGGUAACACGAGUUAUAGUAGUAACUCUUCAUUGACUUCAGUACCACUGAAUACUGAUGGAGUAAGAUGGGAAUAUGCAGACGUUCCUUUCCCUAAUCUACUUGGAAAUUCCAUCUAGAUAAAAGGAAAUGUGGGCAGUAGUUUUCUGUAUUUUAGUUGAUCAUGGCACCUGAUGGCUCAUUUAUAUUUCUGAGCCUGUAAUUUAUACUGUCAAAGUAAAUACUGAGUAAUGCAGUUCAGGUGUCACCUAGCUGUUUUCUUUUGGUUUACUAGAGAUUAUUAUUAUUAUUAUUAUAUAGUAAUAAAGCCGUAGCACCAUAUAAACAAGUUCUACGUUCCCCUGUACAGUGAUUAUGUUUCCCAUGGAAAUGAAUGAGAUGACUUUUUGACA